AUGUUUGGCAAGAUUUCGUCAUGGUGGUCGCCAACCCCCGCUGCGGAUGACAAACCUUAUAACCCAUCCGACCCUAAGAUGAAUCCUCUGAACCCCAAAGGCUUGAAGCCAUGCUGCGCCUGUCCAGAAACCAAAUCCAAACGUGACGAUUGUUUCCUCCGGUAUGACCCAUCGGAAGCGGAGGGAAAGUGCAAGGACGAGCUCGCGGCCCACAUUGCCUGCAUGCGAAGCCUUGGAUUCAAGGUCUGA